AUGAGCUCACCAAAGCGACAGGCGGGACGAUCAGAGUUGGGCUCCAGGCCCAGGCUUGCUGUUCAUGAGGCCGAGCGAUCUUUCAGGUCACUCAGAGUUGCAUCUGAAAGCACAGAAGUAAAGACGAACGGUAUCGAUUCUGGCAGUGCGAUAAGGCCCAAGCGGCAAGCCUUCAAGUCCGAAUUGCAUUCGUCGAGAUCUCCAGAACCUCAAGUGACCGAUGGCGUCCAGCAUUCAUACGCAGUCAAGAACACCUCUGGUACCAAGUUGCAAGCAUUCCGAUCCGAAUUACGUUCGUCCAGGAUCUCAGAGCCUCAGGUGACUGAUGGCGUUCAGCACUCUCGCUCAUCCAACAACAGAUCCGGUCCCAAGUUGCAAGCAUUCCAAUCCGAGCUGCGAUCAUCCAAGACCAAACCAGCAGUCAACGACCACAAACCCAAAAAGCACAUCCUCCUCAACGCCUUCGACAUGUCCACAAUCGGCCACCUCUCCCCAGGCCAAUGGAAAGACCCCACCGACAAAAGCACAACCAAGCGCCGUCUAGACUACUGGAUCAACCUCGCCCAACUCCUCGAAAAAGGCGACAUCAACGCCCUCUUCCUCGCAGACACCUACGGCGGCUACGAUACCUACAAUUCCAGCCUCGACGACUGUAUCCGUCGCGCAGCACAAUGGCCCAUGACCGAUCCCACAAUUCCCAUCAGCGCCAUGGCAGCCGUGACGAAGAAUCUAGGAUUCGGGAUCACAGCUUCGACAUCUUUCGAACCUCCCUUCUUGCUCGCUAAGAGGUUUUCUACGCUUGAUCAUCUGACAAAUGGUCGUAUUGCGUGGAAUAUCGUGACGAGUUGGAAGAAAGCUGCGUUCAAAGCGAUCGGAAUUGAUUCUCCAAUCGAACAUGAUGAGCGAUACGCUCAGGCAGACGAAUACCUCCGAGUUUUGUACAAACUCUGGGAAGGUUCUUGGAGCGAAGAUGCAAUCCUUGCAGAUGAGAAGAAUGAUGCGUAUUUCGACCCGGAGAAGAUCCGACAUAUUUCUCAUCAUGGGAAAUAUUAUGAUCUUGAGACAAGACACAUUACCGAUCCGUCACCGCAGCGGACGCCAUUUUUGUUUCAGGCCGGAACGUCGGAGGCUGGAUCGAAGUUUGCGGCGAGGCAUGCAGAAGCGGUGUUUGUUUCUUCGCAUUCGCCAAAAGUUUUGAGGCCGAAGGUGGAGAGGAUUAGGAAGUUGGCGGAGGAGGAAGGGAGGGACCCGAGGAGUGUGAAGGUUUUUGCGACGAUUACGCCGAUUUUGGGGAGGACGGAUGAGGAAGCGAGGGAGAAAUUUGAGAGGGCGAAGCAGCAUGCGUCCACGAUUGGAGGUUUGGUGUUGUUCUCGGGGUGGACGGGAAUUGAUAUCUCGACAAUUCCGAUUGAUCAGAAAGUUACGGAGGCCGAUUCGAAGGAAGCGAAUAAGGUGACGAGUUUGAUGGAGGGCUUCACCACGACGAGCAAAGAUGUGCCAGAGUGGACGCCGAGGGUCAUUGCUGAAAAGGCUGCAAUCGGAGGUUUGGGUCCAGUACCUGUUGGCUCGGCAGCAACAGUGGCUGAUGAGAUCGAGCGAUGGGUGGAGGAAGCCGACCUGGAUGGCUUCAACGUUGGAUAUGUUACGACGCCAGGCACGUUUGAGGAUGUGGUGGAGCUGCUGGUGCCAGAGUUGAGACGUCAUGGACUGUACCCAGAGAAGAGACAGACGGAUGCUGAGCCUGUGGCGCUCCGAGAGAAGGUGUAUGGAGCGGGUCAGGCCAAGCUGCGAGACGAUCAUACUGGCUCAAGAUACAAAUACGAUGUGUACCAGGAAGAGGAGCCGCACAUCUCCAAAGUGAAGGUAGACGGUGGUGCUGCUGAGAAAGUCGACGCCAAAGGAGCUGCGGAAACGACUUAUGGCCGAGCCGAUGACGUUCCUUCCGAAGGUCCUGUGUUGAGAGCUCAAGUUAGUCGAGAUAUUCCGACAUGGGCAGUCGAAAGCUUGAGAUAG